AUGCAAGACCCAACAACAUUUCAUCCCAUGAAACCAAAUUUUCCUGAACAAGAACAACUCAAAUGUCCACGUUGUGAAUCAAACAACACAAAAUUCUGUUACUACAACAACUACAAUCUCUCACAGCCACGCCAUUUUUGCAAGAACUGUAAAAGGUAUUGGACAAAAGGUGGUUCUUUGAGGAACAUUCCUGUGGGUGGUGGAACAAGGAAGGUCACAAAACGUUCAUCAAAUCCCAAACGUCCAACAACUUCGUCAUCAUCUUCUCCUUCACCAUCAAUCACUUCUUCAGCUCAAACUUCUUCAGUUCCAGAGUCUGACCCGACCCGGAUUCGUAUUGACCCGGUUGAGCCAAGUUUUGGUGGAGGAAGUUUUAGUUCACUUCUUGCAUCAACUGAGCGGUUCGGGAGCCUUUUUGAGGGUCUGAAUUCAAAUGGGUCGGGUUUUAAAAUGGCCCAAAUGGGUGAAUUUGGGGAGAAUAUGAACGGUGACCCGGUUGUGAAUUCGGGUUCGGGUCAUAAUCUUAACCCGAGUGUUAGAAAUGCUGAAACAGAUAUCUUUCUUGGUUUGCAAAAUGGUGAUUCAAGUUGUUGGAAUGGGAACCAUGGUUGGUCUGAUCUUGCAAUAUACACACCUAGUUCAACUUAUCAGUAG